UAAAUGCGUUGUGUAAUUUAGGUGUAGCAUCAAAAAAAGGAAAGAUGGAGUUGACGUUUUUGUUUACAUAAAAUUGCGCUAACUAUAGAUUUAGCAUCAAUUAAGGUAUAACUCUAUAUCAAGAUGAAUACCAAUCUAUUAUAUAUCCCAUUCAGGCAGUCGAAGCCCAUAAAUCUAGGAGAUGAAUUACGAGAAGUUAUAAAAUCAGAUUAUUUCCAACCUCCAUCGACAUUUGAAACAGAUUUAUUGUUGGUCAAUAAUUUGCGAUCUAAAAUUAGUAAUUUAAAGAAUGAAACAUUGUUAUUGGAAUCAGAAGCAUUAUUAAAAGAGUAUUUCAUAUGUCUCCAAAGUAUUCGAAAGAAAUUCCCCGAUGAUUGUGUUGAAUUUGGGUGGUAUAGUACUUUAACAUCAUUCCCUGGUGGCCCCACAAAAUCAAGAUCAUUAAAGAUCGAACAAUUAAAUAUAGUGUUUCAAUUGGGGAGUACUUAUUCUCAAUUAGCUCUUUUGGAAUCAAGACAUACUGAUGAAGGUUUAAAGAAUGCUUGUGCAUACUUCCAAUUAGCAGCGGGAUGUUUUGAUUAUAUCAUCUCCGCUGUCAAAUUAGAAAAUGAAGAUCAUAUUUCAUCAAGCCUGAAAAUCCACAUACCGUCUGAUCUUCAAUUUCAUACCCUUGAUUGUUUAAAACAAUUAAUGUUAGCUCAAGCUCAAGAAACCAUAUGGCAAAAAGCAAUUGGGAACCCGUCAAUUAAAGAUUCAGUUAUUGCUAGAUUAUCAAUUCAAGCCUCAGAAUAUUACUCCUUAGCAUUGGAAAAUGCCAACACAUCAGAUUUCAUUAAGAUCGAAUGGACCAAUCAUAUUGCCAUUAAGAAAUUCCAUUUCAAAGCAGCAGCAAAUUUCAGAAUGGCAACCCUAUCUCAAGAUACCUUUGAAUAUGGUGAACAGAUUGCAUACUUGAGAGUUGCAGCAGAAACUUGUGCCAUGGCUAAAAACUAUAAACGAUAUGUAAAUAACUUUGUGAUUGAAGAUUUUGAAGGUUUAACUGAUACAAUUCAAAAUACACUUAGAAUAUCCGAAAAGGAAAAUGAUCUUGUUUAUUUGAAACUAGUUCCAAAUGCCAAAGAUUUAAAACCAUUGAUCGGAACCUCAAUGAUAAAACUCACUAUUCCAGAGUUCCUAUUGAAUCCUGAUGUUAAAUCAAGUACUAUAUUUAAAGCAUUAUUACCUCAUGUGAUCAUCCAAGUAGCUCAAGCAUUCCAUGAAAGAAGAGAAAACUAUAUACGAGAAAAAUUCAUUGAUCCUACUCAAGCUCUAAAUAAUAUUUUAGUUAAGUUUUUGGCAGAUAGAGGUCUACCUGCCUCAAUUGAUUCUAUUCAACAACCAGAAAAUUUACCAAAAUCCAUCAUUCAGCAUUCACAAGAAAUUGUUUCAUUAGGUGGUACCAGAAUAAUAGAACAAUCGAUUCAAGAAAUAUCUGAAUUGUCUAAAGAAAGUAGACGAUUAAUUGAUGAAUGUUCAGGUAGAUUACAACUAGAAGCGAAUGAAGAUGAAAUGUUAAGAAGGAAAUUUGGUACUCAGAAUUGGAAUAAACCAUCUACUCAUGAAGCUACUAAAGAUUUGAUUGAAAAAAUCACUAAGAUGUCAAAUUAUCAAGAACAAGCUAAAUCAGGUGAUAAUCUUGUUGCUUUGAAAUACCAAGAACUAAAACCAUUCUUAGAGAUUUAUUGUGGUGGGUAUGAAUCAUUGAUUGAUUUCAUACCAAAUUCAUCUUACGUUGCAUUAGAAGGAGAUAUUUCAAUAAUCAUAAGUGAUUUAAGAGAUGCUUUAAAUCAGGUAAUUAAGAUGGAAGAAAAGAGAAAAGAAUUCCUAAGUGGUUUAGAGAUGAAAGUAAGAGAUCAUAAUAUACUACCUCUUGCUUUAGAAGAAUAUAAAGCUAAUCAAGAUAAGAUGUAUGAUGAUAAUGGUAAUAUAAAUCCUCGUGCAUUUGAACCAGUUUAUGAAAGACAUUUAAAGAUCUUUAAUGAUGAUUUGAAAGUGUUAGAAUCACUGAAGAAAGAUCAGAUAAAGUUAGAGAAUGAAAUAGAUACUUUGAAUAAUCGAUUUAUAUCAGAAUUUAAUUCUGAAAAUAAUCAAUCCCAAACUAAAAGAAAAGAAGUAUUACAAACCUUAGAGACUGUAUACGCAAAGUAUUUAGAAGUUAUUUCGAACUUGAAUGAAGGGUCAAAGUUUUACAGUGACUUCAUUGCCAAGGGGAAUGGAGUUUUAAAAGAAUGUGAUGACUUUUUAUACCAUAGACGUUUAGAAGCCAGAGAUUUGGAACUUGAAAUCAAUAAUAGAAUGAGAAAUCCACAUUUAAAUCAAGUAAGACUAGAAAAUGAACUUACAACUACAACAUCACAGACAAAUAGUGAAAUAGGGGAAUUAAGAGAAAUUGAACCAGAAGUGCAAGAAACAUCUCAAAAACCUCGAUUAUAUGCUCCAGGUGCUAAAGGUGUAUGGAAUCCAAAUCACGGUAUUAAGUUUGAUUAGAUUAAAUAGCUGAAAAUUUACUCCAUACUUUAUUUUUUGCGGAUCCAUCUUUUUUUUUUUUGUAGCAAUGAGAAUUGUAUAGUUUUUAAAUUCAUAGAUGUCUUCAAUGAUGAUCUAAUACGUGUGUAGAUACACUUAAUGAUAG